UUCUAUCAAGUCAUAUUUUGAUUGUGGUGUAUUGUUUUAUGAUUUUUCUAUUCGGUUAAUAUUUUUCAUAGAGCAAAGCAAGGUUUAAAUGACUGCAUACACAUGAUUUUCAUGUUUUAUCCAACCCACUUGUAGUUUUGUGAGUACACUGUUCUCUGGAAAGAACAGUACCAAAGCACUGUUGCUUCAUAUUUUUUGUGAUUUCAGGCGGGCCAACCGUGGACAGAGAUCCUUACAAAGAAGAUAACUGGUUGAGUGAUGAACGCCAGUGUCAGGAAGCAAUAGCUCUGAUGAAGCACACAGCUGAUGAAUCCGUGGUGAAGGAAAAGAUGAGGUUUACCCUGGUCUAUCGUCAGAAGAUUUUGCAUGAUCCUGACAAGUCAUCUGAUAUUCUAACCAUUUUCCCACGAUUCAUGGACAUACCUGGCCUGAUUGAGCAGGAUUUUACACUACUUUUUGGUGACUCAACUUCUGCAAAGCUGUUGGAGAAAUGGUCCACCAACAUAAAACCAAAGGUCAUUGCACAGAGCCGUGGCCUGACACAGACUGGGGAGCUCCAAGACCUCGUCCAGAAUGCUGUAGCUACUGAAAUUGAAGAAGGUUGGGACAGUGACAGGUCUUCCAUUCUCUUGCUGGUCCACCUUCUACCACUUUCGAGUCAAGGGCGCAAAAGACCAGGGAAGAUUUCGGCUCGACAAGCCUGUGAUUGCCUAGUGAAAUUCAUCAAGACUGGUGUCAGCAUACAGGGACAUUUGGAGGGCAUCACACAGAGUGUCCAGCCAUAUCUACUUGCAGCCGGACCGAAGAAAAGUAGGAUCCAGUCUUACUUCAUUGUUGUUGACAAACAGGCCUUGCCAUGCAAGUCUUCUAAUUCACUGGCUGCAGUCGAUGAGCUUUUUAAGGCUCAUUAUGUUUUUGGUACCACCUAUUGUCAGGAGCUCACUAAUGUGUUCACUUUUUUGCAAACAACCCUCUAUGACAUAGAUGUUGAAAUGACCAAAGUCAAUCCUAGGGUGGCUGAGCUAAGAGCAAGAAUGCUCCAUUAAGCAAUAUGAUUUGUUUCAUUUGUCAAAAGAGGCAUGCUAAUGCCAAUGGACUUAUAAAACACUUUAAACUUGUUCAUGGACUUUGUUUGGGUAAAGGCCUCAAGUUAAAAUGUGCCCAUAGAGGCUGUUCUCAUGUGUACCACAGUUUUUCAGGUUUAAGAAAGCAUCUUAGUAAAUGUUAUGCAAAUGACAACUUUUGUGCUGAUGAUGGGGAAUGUUCCACCUCCACAAACUCCAUUUCAUUAGGGGAGGCAGACAUGCCAGAGUUGCCAGAUCAGAGUGUACCUUCCGAGUCUGUACUACUAGAAAGACACAUAGUCAACAGUUGUGCUAAGCUGGUGGCAGAACUUAAACUUGUUGGCAAUUCAGAGAAAACUAUUCAUUUUGUUGUUAGUACUGUACAAGAAGUGAUUAGAGACCUUGAUCAUCUAAAGCAUGAAAAUUUGAAAAGUAGUCUUGUCUUAGAGGAGCCCAUAAAAAGCGUUGUUGAGUCUCAAAUUGAUCAGUGUUUUGAGAAUACAUUGUAUCCUUUUCUUCCAUUAAACACUGAGAGUAAGAGAACCAUUUACUUUUCUGAGAAAUGGGGGAAGAUUGAUCCAGUUGAAUAUGUUCUAGGAACACGUUUUGCAACACGUUUUAACAGAACAACUGGAACUUUUGGCCAAUCUAUUGUCAAAGAUAAAUUUGUGUAUAUAUACCAAUUCUUGAGACACUUAAGUCUAUUUACCAGCACCCUAAUAUGAAAGAUAUGAUAACCAGAGACCCUAAACAAAGAGAGAACUUCCUGUAUGACAUACAGGAUGGAGAGUUCUUCAAGAAUCAUGAACUCUUCUCCAAACAAGAGCACACUGUACAGAUACAGCUUUGUUUUGAUGAGUUUGAAUGUGCUAACCCCAUUGGAUCAAAACGAGGUAUCCAUAAAGUUGGAGCCAUCUAUUUUACCCUCAGAAAUGUGUCUCCCAAGUACAAUUCAAGUUUACAGAAUAUCCAUUUGGUGUCUUUAUUUCAUGCACAAGAUAUCAAAACAUACGGGUUUGGUAAAAUACUAGCACCCCUUGUCCAGGAUAUCUCAACACUUGAAACAAGUGGAAUUCAGCUUUCUCUAUUUGAUCACACAGUCUAUGGAAGCAUUAUACAAGUGACUGGUGACAACCUUGGUCUUCAUUCUUUAUUCGGUUUUGUGGAAUCAUUUAGUGCUAGGUACUGUUGCCGCUUUUGCUUACUAGAGAAGGAGGACUUUCAGACAGUGUUCAGUGAAGAUAGUCCAAAGAUAUCUGUUCGAACUAAACAGCUUCAUGCUGAGCACUGCCAGGAAAUGCAGAUCAACCCCAGUUUACCUUAUGUGAUGGGAGUUAAAAAGUCUUGCCCUUUGAAUUUGUUGCAAUAUUUUCACACCAGUACCAACUUUUCAGUUGAUAUAAU